AUGGCCACAAAGUUCUUCCUCCUUGCCUUUUUGGCUCUGGCGGCUUCCCGUGCUCUUGCCUCCGACCCAGGCCAGCUUCAGGAUUUCUGCGUCACUGACAGGACAUCCCAAGCUGUUAACUGUUCAAAAUGUGUAUAUGUAUGUGCCGUUUUCGUCAACGGAUUUGCAUGCAAAGACCCAAAGAAUGUUGUGGUAGAAGACUUCCUCUUCUCUGGCCUUCACAUGGCUGGGAACACGAGCAACAAGCAGGGCUCCGCUGUGUCCGCAGUCAACGUUGCGCAUAUUCCUAGCUUGAACACUUUGGGCAUCUCUCUCGCUCGUGUCGAUUAUGCACCCUAUGGUCAAAACCCACCCCACAUCCACCCCCGCGCAUCCGAGAUCUUGACAGUGUUGGAAGGCUCACUCUAUGUUGGUUUCAUGACCUCAAACCCCGAGAACAAGUUGUUCUCGAAAGUUCUAAACAAAGGAGACGUGUUUGUGCUUCCGCAAGGGCUGAUUCACUUUCAGUUCAACACUAAAAACAAAGAAGCAAUAGCCAUUGCGGCACUCAGCAGCAAGAACCCUGGAGUGAUCACCAUAGCCAAUGCGGUGUUUGGAUCAAUGCCAUCCAUCUCAGAUGACAUCCUUGCCAAAGCCUUCCAGGUGGACAAGAAAAUUGUAGACCAUGUCCAAGCUCAAUUCUAG